AAAUUUUGGGAAAAUUUGGGCGAUUUUUGGUGAUAUUUGAAAGAAAAUAUUUGAAAAUCGGUGACAAAAUGGCGGCCGGAAGUGGGCGGGGUCAAAACCGGAAGUGGGUUUUAAAACCAGGAAGUGAAAAUUGAGUUUAAGAAACAAAAACCCGGAAGUAAUGGGGGGAGUGGGCGGAGCUAAACCCGGAAGUGAUGUCAUUUAAAGGGAUAGUGACCCAAAAAUGGACCGGAAGUGGAUGUGGGUGGGGUUUAGAGGAGGGGGCGUGGCUUAACCUUCUGGCUCCUCCCACCAGCGUCCCGCCACUUCCGGCCCCGCCCCCCGAGGUUCUCCCGGAGCUUCCGGAGGUGCCGGCGAUCGACCUCAGGAGGCUGAUCCUGGACCACGCCCAGGCCCCGGAGGGGGCGGAGCUUGGCGCCAUCUUGGGCCCGGAUUGGCCACGCCCCCGCGUGGCCCGGGCCUUUGCGCUCUGCCUGGAGCUCUGCGCCGCCCGUUGGCUGAAGCUGGAGCAGCCCCGCCCCUACGGACCAAUCACCAUCAGGCUCCGCCCACCGCGCCAAUAAACCACGCCCACGUUGCCUUA